AUGAGCAAUCCUUCUAAUCAAUUUAGAGCUACUUUUUUAAAAAGUGCAACAUUUUUAAAGAGACAGAAAUGUGCAUUAUGUUUACAGAUAGCAAUCCCUUUGGUAUUGGUUGCUAUCUUGUCGGUCAUUCAAAUAUUUAUUAGACAUCAAAUAGACCAGAUAGAAUCAACACUUAUCCCUCCUGUUCUAGUCGAUGUCGUCGUACCUGGUUACUUUGUCGAUGCUAAUCCAAACGGAUUGAAUGGUAUUGGAAGUCUAUCAGAGAGUGGAGGUGGAUCUGGUCUAUUGGGUAAUAUGCCUCAAUUUGGUAUACCAAUACCAUCAAACAAUACAAACAAUGGAACUACUAAUAGUGGAUCUGUCUCAUCUGGUAGUGGUAGUAGUAAUAGUAGCAGUAGUAGUAGUAGUGGUGAACAAGAUAUAUACUUGCCAUAUGCAGUUGGUUAUGAUUCUGAAGAAUCAAUGAUGUCGGCUAUUAGUGAAAUUAAAACCAAAUUGGCGUCAGAGAGAAGAUCUUCGUUUAAGAUUAAAGAUCGUUUCAUUAUGCCAUUCUCUUCCAUUCUAUUCAAUGAUUAUAAUCCAACAUUCUCACAAUCUCAAACACCAGUUAUCAACUAUCAAAUGGCCGUCGAUACUCAACCACUCUUUCAAUGGUUCAAUGUAUCAGAUCCUGCACUUUACAUUUUCACAAUGAAUUUAAUUCAAACUGCUUUCUGUAUGUCGAAACAAACAACUAUUAUAAACAUCGAUUUCUUUAUAAAAACUGUUUAUGGAGCAGAUUUUAUAAUUGAUUCAAAUUUGAGUGAAUUCCCAUAUCUACAACAACAACCAAAAAUCGAUGUUGGAAGUUUACUUGGUGGAUUGUUUUAUCCAUUUGCAUUAUCAUUCCUUUUGCCAUUAUUUGUAUAUUCGAUUGUAUUGGAGAAACAAGAAAAGUUGAGAGACAUGUGUUUGAUGGCCGGUCUCAAAAUGCGUAACUAUUGGAUUGUCACUUAUCUAUUCAAUUUGAUGCUUUACACAAUUGCUGUCAUUGUAGUGGUUGGUAUUAGUGUGAUCUUUAAAUUCUCAGUCUUUACACAGGGAUCACCCUUUGCUAUGGCACUUUUAUUGUUUGGUUGGGGUAAUGCAAUGAUUACCUUUUCCUUUUUCCUAUCGACCAUCUUUAAAACCACUAGAGUGGCCACUGUCACAUGCUACUUUUUGGUGAUUAUUGGUGUCAUUGUCAAUAUUGUGCUUGGUGUACAGUUUUUUGAAAACUCUGCACCACCUGCUCCAUACUAUUGGUACCCACCAUUUGCAUUUAACCGUGGUAUGGCACUUGUAUCGACACUGUGUGGUAUCGAGCAAUGUCCCAAUUGGUCAACCUAUGACUGGUCGUUUGAACCAUCUCGUAUUAUCAUGUGGCUCUACAUUGACACUGUAUUUUACCUUUUACUAGCUCUUUACCUCGACCAAGUCUUGCCAAGAGAGUUUGGUGUGCCAAAGAAACCUACCUUUAUCUUUGACCCCAUCAUCAACCUUGUUCGUUCCCUUGCGGGUAAAACUCCUACCACCCAAGACGACGACGACCAAACCUACCUUAUCAACGAUCCCAAGAACAAAAAUAAGCUCAACCUUGAUGGCGACGAAGUCGAAGAGGAGCCAGAAGACAAUGACGUUGCCGAGGAAAGACAAAGAGUCGAAUCUCAUCAAUUCAGCAACAAUACUCCAAUCGUCAUCCAAGGUUUAACAAAACAAUACGAUGGUAGACCAAAACCAGCUUUAGAUAAUUUAACAAUUGCUGUAAAUAAUAAUGAAUGUCUUGGUUUAUUAGGUCCAAAUGGAGCUGGUAAAUCAACAACCAUUUCAAUUCUAACAGGUUUAUAUAGAGCAAGUAAAGGUAGUGCCAAAGUUGGUGGAUUUGAUAUUGCAACCGAUAUGGAUAAUGUUCACAGAAUAGUUGGUGUAUGUCCACAAUUUGAUAUCUUGUGGGAGGAUCUUAGCUGUGUUGAAACACUUUUAUUCUAUGCCAGACUCAAGGGUGUACCAAUCGCAGAUGAAAUAAGUCAUGUCGAAAAGACACUUGCCGAUGUUGAUUUGUUGCCAGUAAAGGAUCGUUUGGUAAAAGAAUUAAGUGGUGGUAUGAAACGUAGACUAAGUCUUUCAAUUGCAUUGGUUGGAUAUUCUCGUGUAGUUUUUCUUGAUGAAGUUACAAAUGGUCUUGAUGUUGUUACAAGAAAAGCUUUAUGGCAAACAUUAAAGAAUAUUACAACCAAUAGAUGUAUCAUAUUGACAAGUCAUAUGAUGGACGAAGUAGAUGUCUUGUCCACUCGUAUUGCUAUCAUGUCUCAAGGUAAACUCAAGGCCCUUGGAUCACCUCAACACUUGAAAUCAAAGUUUGGAGAGGGUUAUUCUCUCAAGAUUUGCAUCGACGAUAACCAUGUCGACCAAGUCGAUGCAGUCUCUUUUGUCCAACAAUUCUCACCAUCUGCCACCUUGUCUGAAAGAUUUAUUGGCAAUUACACAUUUAGAUUACCCAAAAACACUAUAGUCUCUCAAUUAUUCUCUUACAUUUUGGAAAACAAACAAAAAUAUCAUAUUACACAUUGGGGUGUUAAUCAAUCAACUCUAGAAGAUGUGUUUUUAAAGUUAUCAGAGAAUGAUGAAACUGUUAAUUAA